UUUGAGUUAUAAAUUUUUUUAAUUAAUGAAUCGGCGCAUCCACCAUUUUUCAAGUUAAUAAAUAAAUAUUUAACUAAGUCUUCAAGUGAGAUAGUGUUGUAAGAAUAGCGGUGUAAUACAGAAAAUGAGCCGCUGAAUUCACUAGAACAAACCGUUUUGUUCUACGACUUUCAGUUUUAAAGUUAUAAAUUUUUUAAUAAAUAAUUUGGCGCAUCCACCAUUUUUCAAGUUUAUAAAUAAUUUUUUAACUAAGUCCUCGAGUAAGGUAGUGUUGUAAAACUGACGGUGUAAUACAGAAAAUGAACCGUUGAAUUCACUAGAACAAACCGUUUUGCUCUACGACUUUUAGUUUUUGAGUUAUAAAUUUUUUAAUUAAUAAUUUACGAUGAAGCAGAUACUACAGAUAAUUGAAAGUUAAGUAAUAUUUACUUAAAGUAAAAGUAAAUACUUUUUUUAAUCAUACCACUCAUUAUCAGCCGUAUUUACAUUUUCUUGUAUUUUUAUUUAAAUAUUUCAAUAAAUUGUUUUAAAAAGAUUGCUUGUUUUUGUUCAAAUUUUCACAAUUCUACAAGAUCACAUCGCACUAUUUUUUGUUUUUCUUAGCAGCCUAUUUUUCAUUUUACGACGUCUGUCUACACCAAGCACAAUGUCUUUAGUCGUGCUAUUUGUUGUAUUUAAUUUGAAUAUUACAAUAACUGCAUUAAUUUAUCCCAAUUACACAAAAAAUUUAAUGAUAUUAAUACGAUUACAAAUCUCUCAACAACGGACACCGAUGGGGAACCUUUAAUUGUCCAUUGUGGAGAAGUGUCCGCUAAUGGGAGGUGUCCGUUAAGGGAGGUUUUACUGUAAUAACAACACAUUUUUAUUAUUAAUAAAUGUAUUUGUUGAUUAAUUAGUGUCCCUCAUUCGCCCUUAAUUAGCCCUUCCCUUGCCCUAUCUCUAAUUCCAUUACCUCAACCACUUUUGUUUACUCAAUUUGCAUUCAUUCACAACCAAUCCCCCGGCACAUCCCUAUCUAAAAAUCACACAUUAAUAAAGUUAAAACCUUUCCUCAUUCGGGAAAAUGACGUCGAGCGAAGUCCCACCUCCGACUUUCUUCAAAAAAGUGCGAAAUUAUUUUCGGGAAUAUUGUGUGUGCACGAGCAUCCAUGGCUUCCGGUAUUUCGGCGAAAAACGCACCAUUUUCGAACGAGUUUGGUGGUUUAUUAAUUUCGUGAUUUGUCUCACCGCGUGUGUGUAUUUCAUAUACGCGGUGUACAAAAAGUGGGACACUAGUCCGGUAAUUGUCACUUUUGCAACGACCGGAACUCCGAUUUUUGAUAUUCCGUUUCCUUCGGUUACGAUUUGCCCGGAGUCUAAGUCAGUUCAGAGCAUUUUUAAUUACACAAAAGUGCUCCAAAUGAAGGAAGAUCGGCUGAAUGUGACACUGACCGAGAAUACAAAUUUUAAUUACUUGUCGUUAUUGUGCGACCUUCGAGACGACGAAUUUUAUUCAAACUUCACCGAUUACAAAUUUACUUAUCCUGAUGAGCUUUUCAAUGUAAUUAACGAGGUUAAGCCAAAAUUUAACGUCCAAGGUUGUCGUUAUAUGGGGCGGGACAUAAACUGCAAGUAUCUUUUCACCCCGAUUUUGACAGACGAAGGGGUUUGUUACACUUUUAAUAUGCUUGAUCGGAGUGAAAUUUUCAAUGAGGAAGUGGUGCAUUUUCGUAAUUAUCACCAAGUGGGCCGCGUGUCCCAUCAGUGGACCAUGAAGGAUGGGUACACCCAGGACGCUGGGAUUUACGCCUACCCUCGACGUGCCCUUUACGCCGGGGCUACCAAUGGGCUAACUUUUAAUAUUUUGACCCAGAAAGAGGACCUAGACUACGCUUGUACGUCCAUGCAAGGGUAUAGGGUAUUGUUGCAUACGCCCAUAAGGUUGCCCAGACCUAGCCAACAAUAUUUCCAACUCCCUUUGGACCAGAGAGUUGUCGGUGCAAUUCAUCCCAUUAUGAUCACGACUUCUGAGUCGGUGAAAAAAUUUCGACCGGAAAAAAGGGAAUGCUACUUUCCGACCGAUCGUAAAUUGAAAUAUUUCAAGAUUUAUUCGGCCUUAAAUUGCAUGAUGGAAUGCCUUACAAAUUACACGUUGGAUGUGUGUGGGUGUGUCAACUUUUUCAUGCCAAGAGAAAACGGGACAAAAGUCUGCGGUACGCGCUACAUCGAAUGCUUGAUUUACGCCGAAGCCGCCAUGCAAGUGAAGCAUCUCAAAAACCAACUCAAUCAAACGAAACUUCAAAAAAGCCCGGAUCGUGACGUUGAUUGCAAUUGUUUGCCGAUUUGCGACGACCUAACUUACGAAGUGGACAUUUCGCAGAGCAACUGGGACUGGGAAAAGCAAAAAGCUGCCCAGAGACAAAAAUACCAAAAUUACAGCACGGAUAAGACACACAUGUCUUCAUUGACGAUAUAUUUCGACACUAACAACUUCAUCCGAUCGCAACGUAACGAGCUUUACGGUCCGACCGAUUUCCUGGCGAAUUUCGGCGGCCUUUUGGGGCUCUUUACCGGAUUUUCGAUCCUGUCGCUGCUGGAAAUCAUCUAUUUCUUGUCGGUUAGGAUGAUUUGUAACUGGUAUUUGUACGGGUUUUGGGCCGGACCAGAGCCUUAAAUAAAUAUGUAUCACAUG